AAAACCCCCCUCGAUCCCAACCAAUGGCGGCCACCGCCGCCGCCGGCCGCCGCACGCCGGUGGCCCGGCGCCGGCGCCGGCGCGGAGGAGAACGCUGGACCAAGCCCCCGCGGAGGUCCCCGCAGCCGGCGGCGUCCCCGCCGGCCCCCGGGCCGGGCCCGGACCCGCCCGCGCCGCUCCCCGCGGGCGCCGAGGUCGAGGUCCGCGUCGACGACACCGGCUUCCACGGCUCGUGGUACGAGGCCACGGUCGUCAGCUUCGCCCCCGCGCGCGGGCCCCGCACCCCGGCGCGCUACACCGUCGCGUACGCGCACCUCCUCAGCGACGACAGCGGCGGCGUGCUCGAGGAGUGCUUCGCGCCCACCCACGUCCGCCCGCGCCCGCCGCCGCCGCCGGAGGACCCCUCCUCCUUCCCGCCGCGGUUCCGCGCCGGGGACAUCGUCGAGGCGUUCCACAAGGACGGGUGGUGGACGGGCCUCGUCGUCGCCGCGCCGGACUCCCCGGACCCCGGCGCCGUCGUCACCGUCGCCUUCCCCAUCACCCGCGAGGUCAUCCGGUUCGUGCCCCGCGACGUCCGCCCGCGCCGCGACUACGUCGACGGGGGCUGGGUCCCCUCGCGGGCCGCCGUAGCGGUCCGCCCCAGGGGCGCCGUCAGGGUCUACGCGGUCAGGGACAAGGUCGAGGUCCAGCGGGACCGGGACGAGUACGGCUACUCCUGGUUCCCCGCCACGGUCGCCAGGGUCGUCGACGACCUCAGCUAUGUCGUCGAGUACUUCGAUCUGGAGGAGGAAGGGGACGGCGGCCAGGAGAAGGUCACCGAGUACCUGCACUGGAGCUUCAUCAGGCCGGCCGUCGAGCAUGUGCCCCGCGAGAGCGAGUUCCGGUUGGGGCCUGGCGCUGCCGUGGAGGCGUACUGCGAUGGAGCGUGGUCGCCGGGAGUGGUGCGCAGGGUCGUCGGGGACGGGGAGUUUGAAGUCAGCAUCGAUGGGAAGAAGGCGGAGCUUCUGGUGACCCAGGUCGUGGAAUUGCUAAAGCCGCAGUACAAGUGGAAUGGCAAGCAAUGGAAGAUCGUCACUGUUAAGAAACGGGCUAACUUGAGGCGGCGGUCUAUGCUUGGGCAAAGUUUAAGCUCACCUGUUCAUGUGUCCUCAAGUGGUGAUGACUAUAGUCAUGAUCUUGAAUCUUCUAGAACGAAAAAGUCAAGGAAAGAAUUGCAGCAUGCUGUAUUAGCUGAAAAUUCAGAACAUGAUUCAGUCUUUGAGAUAGACACUCCUUUAUCUGCUUUAUGCGAAUCACCAGAAAGAAGCCAUUGUGGUUCUCAGCUCUCUGAAAAGAAUAGUCUUCAAGUGAUUUCGCACGGGCCAGUGAAUUCAGCGCCAAUUAAUGGCCUUUGUGCUCCAGUACAGUCAACACCACAAAAUGGAUCAAUACCAAACAGUACCGGAGAAAUAGUGAACAAUGAAGAAAUCCUAUCUGAGAUGAUGGAUUCUGAUGGUCAUCUUAAUGCAAGUGGUGGUGAAGCCCAUGAUAUGCUUUCUAUUGCAGAGCUAAGAAAGAAAAUGGCUUCAGCUCGCAGAAAUAGUUCUGUCCAACCGACACAGAAAAAAGUGCUAGCUGUCAAGUCAUUGAAGGUGGUGAAGAAAGGCAUAUCAAAGAGUAAAGGGGGCAAAACACACCCCAUUCAAGAACUUCAGGGAAAAAAUGAUGCAUCAGAUAACAUUCAGUUGAAGGGAAACAUCAAUUUCUCAAGCAAUGGUGUUGUCUGUGGUUUGAGUGCCUCUGUGGAAGGCAAAACCACUAAAACACUGGAUAGACAGGUGACAAGACAGAUUAAUAGGGGUUCAAGUACAAAGGUGCUUACCAAUAAAAAAUUGGCUAAAAGGAAAUGGCGCAGAGAACCGAGUAGUCCACUUAGCUCACUGGAUGUGACUAGUGGCGUCCGGCUGAGAGGAGGAAAGAAAGUGCCUGGGCCAAUGAAAGAUUCUCCCUUAGCAGAGCAGCUUGACAAAACUUUGGAGAAUACAUUGAGCGUAACUGAAUUUUCAGAUCAGGACAUGUUCCCGAUGAUACCUCCUGGCUUUGAGUUGAUGCAUGAUGGAAAAGGUGUUGAUAUACAUGGUAGUCUGUCGGAGGAAGAGCCGGCUUCUAUGAUCAACAUCUGUCAAGCGAACAUAAAUGCCGAUGCAUGCACAGACCAUGCUACUACCCAAGUAACUAAAAGCAACCAUCUUAUGGAAACAUCUAUCCUAUCUAUUGACCAUCCAGUUCAAGAGGCUGGCAGGAAGGUGGAUGAGAGAUCAACCCUACCACAUGUUCAGAAUGCUGGCAGUUCAGUGUUGCCUGUCUCUCAGGGUCACCAGCUUCCGUUCAUUAAGAAGUCAGAUAUGUGGCAUUUAGUUGAAGCAAGUGAUGUGUUUAAGGAGGUACCACAACAACCGCAUUUCCUUCCACUCCGAGAAAUUUCACCAGCACUGCGUGAAGGAACAGCAUUUGGUCUGAUGUUGACGUUUAUAGAAUUAGUGAAGGAUGUAAAGAAAGCUAGCAUAGACCAGGACAUAGAAUGGUACGAGGACAAGAUCAGUACACUGUGUCAUUUUGAGGAAAAUGGAUUUGACGUCCAGUUUUUGAGGAGAACCCUGACUGAAUUGCUCCACAUCAAAUCUAAUCGUACCAGUUGUCUUGGAGAAAUACACGAGCUGAAAGCACAGAUUGCGGGGAAGACAGCUUCCACUUCCCGAAUCAAUGCACUGCUUGAUGAAAAUGAUAGAGCUGUAGCUGAGCUGGAGCAGAAACUUGGGCGCCUUCGCCAGGAAUCACAGAAGAUAACGAAGGAGAAAGAACGUGAAGAAGUGAAUCUCUGCAGACUCAAAGAGGCACAUAGCAGGCGAGUGGAGUCAAACAGUGAUUUCGAGCAACAGUUCCGCAACACCUUGGCUCAGCUGAACCAAAAGAAGCUUACCUGAUAUGCAUGAGCUUUACAAAGCCUCGAUGCUUCUAACUUAACAUUUUGAUAUGCAUGCUUCAGUGCUGUAGGUCCUAAUGGUUAUCCGAAUAUUGUUCGGUUUUGGAUGACCUAUCUCUGGUCACUUGGUACCUGUUUAUGUAUCUGUAAGUUGCUCGUGAUGGACUUAGGAAGCCUUAUGAAAUGUCGACUAUUUAUAUUUGCUAGUAAUUGUAACAGACUUGCCAGCUAGCUGGACCGUACUUAUUGGCUUGUGGUUUGUAGUCAGUUUAUGGGCAAUCUGUUCCCAUACUUGGACUACCCUUCUGAUAUUUGUGUUAUCUGAUGUUUACUAGUCCUAA